GCGUGCGUGUGAAACAGAUGUACUGCAUCCCUGCUAUCUUCAGUGGGAUUACGAUAUGCAAGAUUAACAACAAACUGACUGUGUUUGCUCCUCUGCCCCGCAGCUACGCCACCAAGACUGAUCCAUAACCACCGCCAUCAUUACAAUAAUAAUCAUCAUAAUAAGGAGAAGAGGAAGAAUCCCCCGGCUGGCGAACAAACAACAUCUGGGCGUGGAGAGAAGGGAGAGGGCCACGUCUCGGCAGGGUGGGCAGCAGAUGGUGACACUGCAGCAGCACUUCUCCAGCAUGGAGGAGACGGUGCGAACGUUACUACAGAACCAGGACUCACUAGAAGGUCCCAAGGUGGAUCCACUGGACCUCAUGAAAGCAUACAAGGACAAACUCCUGGAGGAGAUGUGGAAACAGCAGGACAGUCUGGAGGGUCCCACAGCCACGGCGGCGGAGAUGCCCACCUCGCCCGAGGCCAGUGGCAGCGGAUCAGAGGAGAAUUCAAAGGACAGCAAUCCCCUGCUAGAGCGACUCCGAGCACUGGAGGCGGAGAACUCUGCUCUGUCCAUGGAAAAUGACAACCAGAGGAAACAGUACGAGCGCUGCCUGGACGAGGUGGCAAACCAGGUGGUCCAGGCUCUCCUCACUCAGAAGGACUUGAAAGAAGAGUGUGUGAAGCUGCGGACCCGCGUCUUUGACUUGGAGCAACAAAACCGCAUCCUCAGCAUGUUGUUUCAACAGAGAGUCAAGAUGUCCUCCACUCCCGUCUCACAGGACGUCCAAAGAAAUGGAAAAGCUGGAAUUCCUGCAGGGAGGUGGCCCAGCCUACUGAGCCUGACAUGCCCACGCAGCAGCGGCAGCGGCAGUGGCAGUGAACUGUCUCUAUCCAGUGCUUGCAGUGAAUACUCCAGUGGCUCCCACACUUGGGCAGAGGGGCGUGGCUUCUCCAAGCAGUGUGCCACAAGCCGGGACAAACGGAUGAGCACGGGUUCAGUAUCCAGCAACCAUUCAGCGCCCAUAGAGCAAACGGAUUUGGGAUGGAAGGAGGGCCACAUUCUGAAAGGCCUUAAGCGUCUUCAAAUGCCCAACUCCAAAGAGGCGGCUUCUCCUGCAGCUGUACCACACUGCAAGGAUUGUAUGACCUCAAACGAGGGAAUAUAUUCUCUUGGAGUCAAGUGUGUCCAACAAGGGACUACAACAAAGCCAACUGUACCUACAAGUAAAGCUUUCAAGGCUGCAACAGGAAUUACCACCUUAGAUUCAGAUGAUGCAGAUGAUGAAUCACAUAAAGAACCGAACAGAGAAUCCAGUGAGCAACCAGCUAAUGACCUUCUUUCCCUGGAAAAACUGAAUAUUACAAGGGAUGUAGAUAAAGAGAUGGAAGAAGUCCCUGUGAAGCAUUCUGGUCUUUUCCAUUCACCUGUCACUGAUAACUUUCUGUUUUUGGAGGCUCCCUCAUUAAAGCCUGGUGUGAGCCCAACUGAUGGCCUCACACAACAAGAGGAAAUGAACAAGGACUCACUCGAAAAACACAAAGGCAUUAAAUUCAGUGACAAAAACAAUAACCAGGAAAGGUCUACUGAUCGUAAAUCUAGACUUGACCAAGUCAAAAGGCAACAAGGGAGACCUGUAAGCAAGCAAGUUGAAGCUGGGACUAGUGACCUGAGCUCGCACGUUCAGAAUACGGCAACACGAGCUCUGAGCUGCAUGAAUGAAGCCAGGCAGCGCAGCUCCUCCAUGGAAGUUCCUCACUGCAGAGACCAGGCAAUUCAAGCUGGUGGAGAGAAUCAAGACGGUGGCGUUUCAGAUUCUCAACAGAGAAAACUGAAACCUCAACUGUGUGACUCAGCAAGGAAGGCGUUUAUCCUGCGAAGCAAGAGUGCAGAUGGAGGACAGGAACAACCAAAGCAUACUCAUUCUCCUCUACACCAAAAGCUUAUCAAGGGUCACAAGUCAAAAGGGCAAUCGAACACGAAUCCCUCAGGGCACAGUGUUCCCUGCAAAAGGGCAAAUCUUAGUAAACCACAUGGCUCAAGCAAGAACACAUUAUCUAAAGUUGAGAAAGAAGAGGAUAUGGCAGCGUGCACAAGCUCCAAGUCUCUUGAGACUGUUCAACUGCGUUCGCCUCUUGCUUCCCCUGUGAAACAGUCAAAGACGUUCAAGCCUCAUGGGGUCAGUGAAAGCUCAAAGAGUCCAACAAAAUCCUCUUUGCCGAUUACUAGAAUUCAGUCAAGCAACGAUUCCACAGAAGAAAGCGUUUAUGAUAACUUACCGUGCUCACCACGAAAACAAAGACGCCAAGACCAGAACUGUGACGUUAGCCAGAAGCCUUCAGAACGUAGGUCACCCUCCCCACCGUUACCCCCAGGGCGAAAUGCAUCACUUCUCCUGAGACACAGUUGUGACAGCUUACCCAAAGAUCAAAAAUCUACAGGCCAGCAUCAAAACUCCACUACUGGAAAAAUGAUGGCAAGCACUACCAUGACACAACCAAAUCAGCUUUCUUCUGGUUUGAUGCCUCAGCAAUCCAACCCAAGGAAAGAUAAUCAGCAUACGGCCUCUCAAAUGGGCAUUGAGUCACUGAAAGAUACUCAAGCAAAAAUCUAUCAUGGCCACUCAGCCAAGAUGCCAUCUGUCCCUAUUCAAGAAACACACAUCACAGAAACAGUCCAGUUGUCUACAGACACAAAUCCCACUUGUUCUGAUGAAAAAGGUGCUUCCUCUAGACUGCCAAAUCAGAGUGUCUUGCAAAGAUCCCAGCAGAGCAUUAGUGAGCCAAAACUUUCAGAAGUCUUGCCUUCAGCAUUUUCUAAUGUUUACUACCACGGGAUUGCCAACAAUCCCCAGACAUCCACCUCAAGAGCUGUGAAAAGGACUUUUCCUAUUAAUGCUAAGUCUCAUGAGGCCAUCGCCGGACAAGAAACAAAUACUUUCCUCAUCUUUGGAAGGCAAAACAAAGAUGAUAUGAACACCACUGCAAGAAGUGCGCAAAACUUUCAGACUUUUACAUGCGAUCCUCAGAUGAUACAUGACUGCAGUGCACAUGAGAACACCCGCAGGAAGAUAGAGACCCGCUGUAAUUCACUGGAUUCUGAGCCCUCCGUUCAGCCUGGUGCUUCAGAUAGCGGUGUGAUGUUGGACUGGGGAUUUGAUGAGGAAGGCUGGCUGUUUAAAAGGUCAGUCUCUGUGUCUACUAGACCCCUUCUUAAACCAGUCAUGGGUAUGAAUGGAGCCAAGGCUCGCAGCCAGAGCUUUGGUGCACGCUACAUGGACAGGCCAAGCUUCAACCGAUCUGGAAAGGUCCGCACUCAGAUCAAAACCCACUCAGGAAGUUCAUUGAACUCUCUGGGUGAUGUACUCCCAGGCAGUAUGAGUUGCUCCAGUAGCUAUCACUGUCCAAUGAACCGAUCACUUCUGAACAACUUUCUGAUCGAAGAGGGACUGGCCGUUCCUUCACAGUUGGCAUCCUCCAGUGAAAGACUGCAGAGUCUGAAGCUCCAGCGUGAGCAGGCCAGACGCCUUCAGAUUGAGCAGCAGUUUUCAAGUGCGUUUGGGGAACCAGUUUCUGAAGAACCUGAGAGACAAAGUACUAUCACCACAAUUGAAGAGAAAGUGAUGCUCGGCAUAGAAGAGAACUUGCACAAGUCUCAAGAACAGGAGAGAAGCAAUGAAGUGAAGCAGAAAUCUGGUUCCACUUUAGCAAACUGGUUUGGUUUUCGUAAGAGUAAGCUUCCUGCUCCAAGUAGCAAAAAAACUGACCCACCUAAAGCUAAAGAAGAGAAGAGGGAGCAAAAAAUCACAUCCCUUCUGGGAGGGAAGCAGACCAAGUCCGACAAAAAGAGAGACAGAAGAAAAAGCGAGGGAAAAGACAGCUCUGUGGGGAGAAGAGAAUCUCAUGAUGCAGUGCGGGCGUGCAUCUCAAUGCCCUGCCCAGGGAUGUCCCUGAGUGAGAUACAAGGACACACUGACAUCAUCGGAGACCCAAAGAUGAUGAACCGAAGAUCAGAUGGUGAGAAUGGUUCCACGGUGAAGAGUCCCACCCAGGAGGCAGUGAUAGGCUCCGGCUGCAAGAUGCGAACAUUGGACAGUGGAAUCGGGACCAUCCCCCUUCCUGAAUCCUGCUCCUUCUUCUCCUCCAUCCUGCACUUCCUCCCCAAAUCCUCAUCAACCCCCGAACAGUCCCUGAGCCCUCCCAGUGUCCCCGGGUCCUCCAGCGAGGACGUGUCUCCUUCCCCAUUACCCCGGUGGAGAAUCCCCUCCAGCUUUAAGGACGGCAGCCAUGCGGGAGUCCCAAACUCCCUGUCCGACUCCUCCAUGACCCACAUCCAGUCAGUGCCUUUCCCCACUGUGGCCUUCCUCCAGCCCAUCCAACCCCCGUCUCAACCCAUUAUGACCUCUGCCAGUGUGUGUGACACCCAGACCAGGCUACCCAGACCACCACAAGGUGGAUUGGAACCAAAGAAGCUGACCUACGUCAAAUCCAAACCGCGAGCCGCUCCAAGCCAACAGAAAGAACAGACGAGGCUUCAGCUCGCCAACUGUAAGAUGCCGAGGAUCCAUUUAAACCGCACAAUUGGGAAAACUUGGUGCCAGAUUUACAGAGACAUGUUCUGUGGCAGAUUUUUCGCAUCCGAAACACACUUGAACUUUUAUUUAGCUUCCACACAGAAAGUCCUCUAACAGACCAAAAAAAAAAAAAAAAAACCAAAAUGUUUCUUUAUUCAGGAAAAAAAGUUGUUGAAACACAAGAGAAGUGAAAAUCUGAGCUUUCUGCGAGUAAAACUGAAGUUAGAGAGAUAAAAUACAGCACUUACACAGUUUGUUCCAGAUGGUAAACAAGCUGUACAAUAAUAUGUCACUUCAGUUUUGAGCAGUUCAGACUUUUUAAUCUGAGACAUCAAUGAAGUACAAAUGGACCAGAAGUCUUUUCAGACGCCUUCCCAACCCGUCUCUGCAGCUGGGAGCUUUAAAGAGCCACAAAAGUUCAAGAAUUUCAUUUUUUUAAGGUGGUGCAAAGAAAAAAAUAAAAGGUUUUAUCUGGCUUCAGAGCUCCACUUUGCUUUAAAGCCCAUUUCCUUUCCCACUGAGCAGAGAGCGGCUUAAUAGCAGCUCAACACACGACUGACGCGAGCUUCCCAAACAUCAUUUGCAUCUCACUACAGUACAUUAACGCUGGUAUUUACACCAUGUGUGUGUUUGUGUGUGUGUG